GUCCACGAGGACUUGUUAAGGCAGUAACAUUAUGAUAUUAAAUCUUGUUCGACAUAAUGUUGCAAGCGUUUCCUUUGUUUAGUUUUGUGAUAGUGUCGGCUUUUUGUUCAUCAGUAGAUCAAUGGGUGCCGAUUCUUGAAGAAUUACCAAAAGAUCUCAGUGAUACGAUUAAUUCUGAAAACCAUGAUUUGGACUAUAAUCAAUUGGUGCUGUCUUUUGUGGUUUUCAGACAUGGCGAUAGAACACCGGAUCAACAAGAGUUAGAUAAAUAUCCAUCAGGACAAUUUAAUGAUAGUAUUUUCUAUCCAUACGGAAAGAAGGCACUCACAAAUAAAGGCAAAGAGCGUGCAUUUCUUGUGGGUGAAUAUUUGAGAAAUCGCUAUAAUGAUAGCAUAUCUCAAUUAUAUUUGCCCGAUGAGAUAUCUGUACGGACGACAGACUACGCGCGUACUAAGAUGACGGCUCUGGUUGUACUGGCGGCAAUGUAUCCCCCACAAGCAGCUCAGAAGUGGAAUCCUGAAUUGAAUUGGCAGCCCAUACCAUAUGACACAAUGGAAUGGGACAAUGACGAUCUUCUACAUUUCACCAACUGCCCACGGUACGAUGAAUUAAAAAACAGCGUUUACGAAGUGCCCGCAUUAAGCAAUGCGAUAAGUUCGUACGAAAACUUAUUUGAAGAAUUAAGCGCUAAAACAGGAACGAAUAUAGAAACACCAGAAAAUGUUUUCUUUUUGGACAAUCUGUUCCAGACAUUGAAUAACACUGGCGUCCCACUUCCACGAUGGGCUGAUGAUCUAAUGCCGAAAAUUAAAGAAAUGACUAAAAUUGAAUACCUUAGUUUAUUCUACAACAAUGAUUUAAUAAGAUUAUCUGGAGGUGUGCUCAUGGCUGAAAUAGUUGAAGCAAUAGACGCUGCAAUCGCCGGAAACGAGGAACAAGUGAAAUUACGUCUAUAUUCGGGCCAUGAAAAUAACGUGGCAGCCCUCUUAGCAGCCGCCAGAGUAUUUAAGCCACAUCAGCCCAAAUAUGGAUCGACUGUUUCCCUAGAACUUAGAAAGAAUGUGAAAACAGGAAAACACGGAAUAAUGAUCGUGUAUGCCGCGGAAGCUGGAGGUCCCGGUGUUGUUUUACCAAUUGAAGGCUGUGGCGGAAAUUCGAUUUGCGACUACGAAACGUUUCUCACCCUUAUAAGAGACGUGCUGUUAUCUCGCAGCGAUUAUAUGAAACAAUGUUUUACCCCUCUUUAAUACUUUAGUAUAAAAAUACCGAAAUAUUUUAUAU